CCACUCUGAAUUAACCAAUCAGAGUCGCCUCGCGCCCGUGAAAAGAGCCAAUUGAGUGGUGCGCGUCUUCCGCAAACAUGUCUCCCACGAGGCUGUGCGUUCCAGGUGACAAACUGUGCAGCGUGGAGGACUGCAUUCUGGGAACUGGAGUGUAUCUGCGGCACGGCUACAUCUACUCCUCUCUUGCAGGCUACGUGCUGAAGAAGAAUGAGGGGGAGCAGUUACCUGUGAUCUCUGUGGUCAGAGAAACAGAAGUCCAGCUGUUGCCAGAUGUGGGCGCCAUCGUCACCUGUAAGGUGACGAGCAUCAAUUCCAGGUUCGCCAAAGUGCACAUCCUGUAUGUGGGCUCCACGCCGCUCAAGGACCUGUUCAGAGGAACCAUCAGGAAAGAAGACGUUCGCGCCACAGAGAAAGAUAAGGUGGAGAUGCACAGAAGCUUUAGACCUGGGGACAUUGUUCUGGCCAAAGUGAUUUCUCUGGGAGACGUUCAGUCCAACUACCUGCUGACCACUGCAGAGAACGAGCUCGGAGUGGUGGUGGCGCACAGCGACGCAGCCCGAGCUCAGAUGGUUCCCAUCAGCUGGUGUGAGAUGCAGUGUCCACAGACGCACACCAAGGAGUUUCGCAAGGUGGCACGAGUCCAGCCCGAGUACCUGGAGGCGUGAGGACCUUCCACCACCCCCCUGCGCCUGGACCACACAACUACUGCCUUUUAUAAAAAAAAAAAAAAAAAAAAAAAACACCCCGCCAAGGCAGUAUCUUGUCCUGUGUGGAAACAGAACUCCAUCUGCAGAUGUCCAGAGGCCGUGGGCGGGGCUUCAGUCCUUCUUCUGCUGUCAGGAUGAGGUUCCGCUCUCACUCUGGUUGCUUCUGCUGGAGGAUAAAAUGUUAAGGCUCGGAUUUGAACAUUUGCUCUGAAUUCUGGGAGUGUGGUCGUGUCUGCUGGACUGUGUAGAAGAAGAGCGGUUCAGGAACAGACGCUGAUCCAGACUGCUUCUCCUGCAGGAAGCAUCCGAGUGUUCCUGCUGAUCUGCCCGCAGUGUUUUGUGAAGUUGGAUGACUUUGGUUUGUGACUCCUGAGCGUCUGUCUGUCACUGUGGUCUUCUGGAACAGGAAAUAAAACCAAACAGGAUGUGAA